AUGAGUGAGAAAGGGGAAAAGGGUACUUCUAGUACCGAAUUACACACGGAGGAAUCAAAUAUCGUUGAUAUGCGGUUAAGAAAAUCGACAUUGAAGGCAAAGUUUACACGAAUGAAGAAUAGGUUAAAAUAUGAGAUAGAUGAUAGAAAUGAGAACAAGUCUUUGUUGCAAGGCUUUAUUGACAGACUAGAAGAAGCUAUGGAUAAUGUACAUCAAGUUUUAAAAGAACUAGUGAAUGAAUAUACAAUUCAGGGUAGAACAAAAGAAAUGUUAGUCACUAUGUCAGAGAUUGAACUUAUAGAUAAGGAAUAUGAGAAAGUGAUACAGGACUAUCAUAAGUUACAAGAAGAAAUUAAAAGUGAAAGUGAUCCUGUAGAUGUUAGUAAAAAGCAAAUUGACAUUGAUUUAUCAAAGCAAAUGAAACGAGUAUCAAUACCAAUAUUCACGGGUUCUAAGAAAGAGUAUGAAUUUUGGAAAGCUGCAUUUACAGCUUGUAUAGAUAAAACCGAGGCAAGUGCUGAAUAUAAAUUUUUACAAAUGCGGCAAUAUCUAAGAGGGGAAGCUUUGAAGUCUAUAGAAGGACUUGGUCAUAGUGAAAUUGCUUAUGAAAAAGCAAAAGAGAGACUUGAAAGGAAAUUUGGAGGAAAACGAAGAAUUGUGAAUAAAUUCUUAGACGAGAUAGAACAAUUUCCACCCAUAAGAUAUGAAAACGCUAAGAAUAUAGAACAAUUUGCAGAUUUACUGGAUGUAGCCAUUGUCAACAUUAAAGAAACAAAUGCUGAAGAUUUACAAAGUGGGUUCAUGUAUUCACAGUUGUUAAAAAAGCUCCCUGAAUCAAUGAUUGCGAGAUAUCAAAGAUGGAUAUAUGAAAAAGAAGAGACAGAAUCAGUAGAGAUAUUAAAUGAAUGGAUACUGAAGGAAGCAGAAUUCCGAACAAUAGCUAUGGAAACAAAAUUUGGUCUUGAUGGGAAGUUCGAGAAACCUAAGGAUCAACGGUCGUUCUUCGGUAACAUGAGACAGUCACAGAGGGAGUGUAAGCUGUGUCACAUGUCACAUGGAAUAUGGGAUUGUAAAGCAAUGAAGGAACUUUCAGUGAAAGAUAGAUGGGAGAAAGCAAAAUCUUUAAAGUUAUGUUUUCGUUGUCUAGGGGACAAUCAUUCUGGUAGAACAUGCAAAAGAGUAAAAAAGUGCGGAAUAAAUGGUUGCUUGAAAAUUCAUCACAGACUGUUGCACCAGCCAGAUUUAAAUCCUGAAGCUGUAGUGUUUAGCCCUGGUGAAAAUAAACAGAACACUUUGCAAAGCCAACAUAAUACAAACGGUCAGACAUUUACAAGUCAGGCAUAUACAAGUACAUGUACACAAAAUGUUUAUGUAGCACUUCGUACAGUUCCAGUUCUGUUGUAUGCCAAUGGUCGAGAAAUUCCAAUUUAUGCAUUAUUGGACGAUGGGAGUACUAGGUCAUAUUUAAAUGAAGAUGUUGCGAAAGAAUUAGGAGUAAGUUCAGAGUACGAGACUGUUAAAGUGAACACUUUGAAUGGAAAAUCUGUAAAUCUUGAUACAAUGUGUGUGAACUUUCAGCUAAGCAGUUUAAAUAGAGACAUUAAAAUUAACAUGGAAGCCCAUACAACACAAAAAGUAACAGGGAACUUGAGACCAGUAGACUGGACAAAGUAUUGCGAUCAGUGGCCGCACUUAAAAGGAAUUCAAUUUCCAUCAAUAGGACAUCGCCAAAAAGUUGAUCUUUUAAUUGGGAUAGAUUAUUUAGAGCUACACAGGUCGUUGCAAGAAAUUAGUGGACCGGAAGGUUCACCUUCAGCCAGAUUGACUCCUUUAGGUUGGACAUGUGUCGGCCCAGUACCAAUGAAAGAUGAGGAAAUCAAUUUAUUUACAUUUCAUAUGAUGGACACUGUGAAGAAAGAUGGUGAGAUAAAUGAGAUUCUUAAAAGGUUUUGGGAAUUGGAAGAAAUUGAGGGUAAGCAGGGAACUAGCUUGAGUGUUUCUGAUGAGAAAAUAAUAAAUUUGAUGAAAAGUGAAAUCGUAUAUGAUGAAGAAAGCAAUAGGUACCAGGUUCCGGUGCCUUGGAAAGAAAACCAAAGUGAAUUGAAAAAUAACUAUGAAAUGGCAUUUGAAAGAUUAAAAAGCACAGAAAGAAAACUGAAUGCAAAUGCUGAUCUAAAAGCUUGCUAUGGUGAUAUUAUUAACAAUUAUGAAAAGAAAGGUUAUAUUUCUAAACUGACUGAAAGUGAUUUAAAAAAUACGCUAUGGACAUUGCCACAUUUUCCGGUUAUACGUCUUGAUAAGGAAACUACAAAAGUCCGGAUUGUUUUUGAUGCCUCAGCCAAGCAUAACUCGCUGUCAUUGAAUGACGUGAUUCAUCAGGGACCGAAAUUGCAAAACGAUCUAUUUGAAGUAUUGCUCAGAUUUCGAAGAAAUGCUAUUGCCAUAAUUUGUGACAUUCAGGAAAUGUACUUGCAAGUAGAAUUAUCACCUCCAGACAGACUUUAUCAUAGAUUUCUUUGGAGAGAAUCACCAAAACAUCCAGUAGAGACAUAUGAAUUUAAUAGACUUGUUUUCGGUGUUAAUGCAUCGCCAUUUUUAGCACAGUACGUCACCCAGCUUAAUGCCAACAAAUUUGAAGAGAAAUAUCCUCUUGCAGCAGAAACAGUCAUAAAUUGCACAUAUAUGGAUGAUAGUAUGAAUUCCGUGGAAAAUGAAGUAAAAGGAAUUGAUUUGUACAAUGAAUUGACUGAACUUUGGGGAAAAGCAGGUAUGUGCGCAAGAAAAUGGCUGUCAAAUUCCACAGAAGUAUUAAAUAAAAUUCCUGUAGAAUUGAGAGCUUCCCAGGUUAAUUUGUCAGAAAGUGAAUUGCCAACAGUUAAAACAUUAGGCUUAAUUUGGAAGUCAGAUUCGGAUGAAUUCACAUACAGCUAUACAGAGUCUAGAUCAGACAUGAAAAUAACUAAAAGAAGUGUAUUAAGAAGAAUUGCUGCUCUUUAUGACCCUUUAGGUUUUUUAGUUCCAUUCACAGUGAGGGCAAAGAUGAUUAUGCAGAAAAUUUGGCUGACAGGAUUAGAUUGGGACAUUGAAUUGCCUGAAAUGUUAGCUUGUGACAUAAAGCAGUGGUACAGUGAACUUAAAGACUUGUCAAAUAUUAAGGUUGAAAGGUGUAUCCAUGCAUCAGAAGACACUGAACUUCAUAUAUUUGUUGACGCAUCAAGUGAAGCGUAUGGAUCGGUAGUGUACAACAAAAAUUCAGCUUUACAGAAGCCUAAAAUUGUUGCUGCAAAAGGAAGAGUCGCUCCAUUAAAAUCAUUAAGUAUUCCGAGAAUGGAACUUCUAGCUGCAGUACUUGGAUUAACAUUGACAUUAGCAAUCUGUUCAUCAUUGAAAAUGAACAUUCACCAGUGUACAUUCUGGUCCGAUAGCAUGAAUGUUCUGUAUUGGAUUCAUAGUCAAAGCAGGAAGUAUAAGACAUUUGUUGCGAAUCGUGUAGGGUUCAUUCAUUCACAUACUUCACCUAGUCAAUGGAGAUACGUACCCACAAAAGAGAAUCCUGCAGAUCUGGCAUCACGUGGAACGUCGAUAACAGAACUGGCUGGAAACCCUCAGUGGUGGCAUGGCCCAGACUUUCUUGAAAAUACUCCGGAAUUAUGGCCAGAAAACAAAAUGGAAAUACAUGAUGUGGCUAAAGUAGAAAUAAAACGCAAGUCGGCUUAUAACAGCUAUGUGACAUUAAGUGAGAAUAAUGACUUUAGACUUGAACCAACAAGGUACUCUGAUUGGAAUCGUUUAGUACGAAUAUCGGCUUGGGCUCAUCGAUUCAUCGAUAAUUGUCAAGUUGCAAAAAAGGAACGUAGAUUAUCAUUAGAAUUGAGUGUUCAAGAAAUAGAACAAGCAGAAUAUAAGAUUAUUCAAACUGCACAAGCAGAAUGUUUCAGUGUUGAAUAUCAGUGCCUUAAAAAAGGAAAAAAUGUAUCUUCAAGUAGUAAACUUGCACCGUUAAAUCCGAAACUGGACUCUGAAGGUGUAAUGAGAAGUGACACUAGAUUAAAGUUUGUAGACUUCAUCUCCUAUGAUGCUAGAUUUCCCAUCAUUCUUCCGCGGAAGCAUUGGGUGACAAAAUUGAUAGUUAAGAAUUGUCAUGAAAAAACAUGCCAUGGCGGCACGAAUUUGACAUUAGCCAAAUUGUCUGGUAGAUAUUGGGUCAUAUCAGCCCGUGAAGAAAUAAGAAAUUGGGAAAAUCAAUGUGCUAAAUGUAAACGAAGCAAGGCGCAGGGUUCAAAUCAGAUUAUGGGCGCAUUGCCAGUUGAACGCUUUGGACAAUCGAUGCGAGCAUUUACCAAUACUGCUGUGGACUAUGCCGGUCCAUUCAUUACAAAACAAGGCCGUGGGAAAACGAGACUUAAGCGUUACCUUUGUGUAUUUACAUGUUUAACAGUAAGAGCUGUACAUCUUGAAAUAGCUUACAGCUUGGACACAAACUCUUUUCUCAACGCUUUAAAUAGAUUUAUCAGUCGUAGAGGUGUUCCAAGUGUUAUUAUAUCUGAUAAUGGGACAAAUUUUGUCGGUUGUGUUAACGAACUCAAAGAUCUAUACAAGAAACUUGAUCAAAGUGCUAUCAUGAAAAGUGCUGUAAAUAGAAAAAUUGAGUGGAAAUUCAUUCCACCAAAUGCACCACAUUUUGGCGGAUGUCAUGAAGCUAUGGUAAAAUCGGCAAAGAAAGCGGUAUAUGCAAUUUUGGGGAACGCGGAUAUCACAGAUGAGGAAUUAGUAACAGCAGUCGUUGGAGCUGAAAACUUGAUAAACAGCAGACCUUUAACGUAUCAGACAUCAAACCCAAAUGAUGAUACUGCGUUAACGCCCAAUCAUUUUUUGACUGGCCAGCUUGGUGGACAAUUCGCUCCAGAUAUUAUUGACAAUGAUCGUUAUGAUGUUAAAAAACGAUGGCGGUAUGUCCAGGAACUCCUACGCCAUUUCUGGAAGCGUUGGCUUAGAGAAUACUUGCCAACUCUGGGAUCUCGAUCUAAGUGGUUUCAAACUUCACGUGACUUCAAAGCAGACGAUAUUGUGUUAAUAGUUGAUCCAAACACACCCCGGGGGCAUUGGCCUCUAGGCCGAGUGACAAAAGUGUUCCACGGUCCAGAUGGACAUGUUCGUGUUGUAGAUGUUCAAGUUGGGAGGAAUGUAUUUAGACGACCAAUUUCGCGUUUAAGUCUUGUUGCAGAAUCAAGCAAAAGUUGUUAG